CGUUCGUGCUCACCGCCGCCAUGGUCAUCUUCAUGGUGUCAGCCCGCGACUCCCCCCAAACGGCGAGCAUGGCCGUCAACGCCGCCUUGCUCCAGUGUCUCAUCCUGUCCGCGAUGAGCACCCAGAUGGCCUUGAAGAUGCACGUAUUCGGCGAGCAGCACCGCCUGCGCAGCUUACGCGGCCAGCCGAACUUCUUCAAGUACAUCGUGUUCUUCACGUCUUGCGGCAUCCCGUUGCUGGUGACGGCGGCCACCGUCACCACGCAGUACAUGCACGGCUGGUCCGAGCUGCACUCCUGGUGGAUCCUGUACAGCUCGAGCUUCUUCUACGGCGUGGUGGUGCCGGUGGCCGUGCUGCUCCUGGUCGACACGUGCUUGCUGCUCUAUGUACGCGCCCUGCUGGUCAUCAAGGUGUCGAUGACCAAGUGCGAGACAGAGGCUUGGAUACGCGAAAGGGUGCACAUGAUGAUGGGCUCUCACAUGAUUGAGAUGAUGCUCGUUCUGCUGGUGGUCAGCAGCGCUCUUUACAUCAACUUCCGAGGACUUGCCUGCGAGAUCCUCUUCGCCAUCUUCUGCGUGCUGACGAGCGCGACAUUGCUGGUGUACUAUGUUGUGCACGGGGAAGAGGGCCUACCCGUGCCGCCGUGCUUCCGAAAACACAGCCCAGACGCUGUCGACGAACCAGGCCACGAGCGUGAGCCUCCGGCGACGCUACGCUCCCACAGCGUGCUGCGGGCGGACGACGCCAGCCAGCGCCCGCUGCUAGCCGGCUGCCACUGCCGGCCGCAGCCCGUCUCGCCGGCCUCCAGCGGCAGCUCGGCCGCCACCGACGAGUACACCGACUCGCCGGCCUCCAGCCACUCGUCCGACUCGCAGCGCCGCCCCGCGGCGCGUGAAGGGGGCCACUCGCGACAUGAGUCGAAGAAGCCUCUGCCGUCGAGGGCCCGGAGCGCGGGGCCGGACCACGUGCCGUAA